AUGGAGCCUCCAAAAAAUUUUGAGGAUUUUAUAUUACCAAGAUCAUCAUUUUUCUUAAGAAUACGUGACUCAAGAAUUUUACCUCCUUCAUCCCCACCUUCACCUCCUUUAUAUUUUCGUAACUAUACAUUCCCUCCCGCUGAGAAUAACGACAAUACAACAGAAAUUGUUCGACCUGAAGAUCAUGAAACUUCUUGUCAGUUUGCUUUAACACUUUCACCCACUACUAUGUAUCCCGCGUCAAGAACUUCAGCUCGUUCUACUUCUCGAUAUUCUUUCGCCAUGGAUUAUGAUAUUAACAUUACUGUUACCAAUGAUGAUGACCCUUUUACUGAUGAUACUGAUCUUAACAUUCCAGAGUCACGUGAAACAAAUAUCCCAAGGCCCCUUCAGCAUAAUAACGGUAAUGAAAGGGCUUUAUACGCACCUUUAUCCGCUAUGAAUUCUGAUGAAAAUUCGAGAAAUUCGCCAAGGUCUUUAUUCAAUCAAUCUUCAACAAUCACUAAUCCAUCACGGUCAGAACGACCACAAAAUGAACAACGAGCCUCAGAGAGACGACAGAAUUACAUGCAGGAAUCACAAAUAUCGUGGCUUGGACAACAUCCAUAUGCACUGACAAGCUUUCAACAACAUUAUGAACAAGAUGAUAAACCAGAUUUAUCACAAGAAAACUCAAAUGUGAUGUUAACAGAAUCUGAAACUUCACAAUCAGUUCAUUAUAAAGAAUUUACACCUGAUCUCUUUCUGUUUAGUAUUUUUGACGCGAUUAUGAAAUAUCUUAAUGCGGAAUACGCGUUACGAUCUUCGUUAAAAAACUCUAGAUAUGUUGUUUUAUUACGUGUACCAAUUUUAAAGAGAUCUUUUGGUGGAUUUAAAGGAACGUAUGUCUUGGCAAAAGAACUGGUAGCAGAAAUGGCACUUGAAGAAUUGAUAAAACAAAUGCCUCACGUUGUUUAUAUAGUAUUGAAAUCUAAAGGACUGGAUGACGUUCUAGACAAUAUUGCCGUGAAGAUGAUGUUGAAAUUGAGAAAUUGGAUGAGAAUAGUCUGGAAACAUAUUGUCCUAUUGAAAACUUGGGAGAAUGUCCUAUUGAAAACUUGGGAGAAUGUCCUAUUGAAAACUUGGGAGAGUGUCCUAUUGAAAACUUGGGAGAAUGUCUUAUUGAAAACUUGGGAGAAUGUCCUAUUGGAAGCUCGGAAGAAAGGAGCCCAUAUUCAGAAGGAAAGAGCUCGACGUCUCAGCAUUCAAAAGAAAAGAACUCGACGUCUCAAUAUUCAGAAGAAAAGAGCUCGAUGUCUCAAUAUUCAUAUGAAAAAUGUGCAUUCAUUCAAACAGAUUCAGAAGAAAGAAAAUCACAUACCUUAA